CACAAGGCCGGGACCGCCACCGCCCCCCAACCCAAGCACAGAGUUCGGCGAGCUGCGCCUGCGCCUGACCCCGCGGCCAAUAGGAGCUCUAGAAUCAGAAUAAGAAGCGCUCCUGGCCGCGUACUCGGAUGGGCUGCGGCGCCUGUGCGAGACCCAGUCAGAGCGCUGCGGAGGAGCCCAGCCCGUGCGCCAUGUCCCUGGAGGAGUCCCUGCGUCGGAGCAACGCCCGCUUCAUGGCCACCAUCAACAGCAUCUUGGAGAGGUAUAAUCAUCCUUUUGAAGAUGAUUUACUUAUCUCCAUGGAAACUCUCACUUACAGUACGCCUGACGGACCAAAAUCAUGGGAGGAUGUGUCAACCGAGGACCUUAGAAAAUGGCAGGAGGAAGUAUUUGAGUGUAGCAGAGGAAGUGAAAGGAAUGCAGAAAUGUCAAAGCAAGAUAACAGUGAUUUUGAGGAUGGACAUUCAACGGGACAUCAGGAAUCUCCUGAGACCUCUGGUGUGAAUACAUCUGAUACAGGUGAAGAAAGUGAUACCGAUACAGUUUCAGUAAGAAGAAAACUUCGAGACGUUCACUUACAGAAUCUGCAUGUACGUGAUGGGAAAAUACAAGAGAAAGUAAAAGUGGAUGUGAUAGUUCAAGACAAUGUUAGAAAAAUUCCCGGAUGGAUUAUGAGAGAAUGUCAAGGUUCGUCCAAAGGUCUGCAUUUAGCUUCACCAGUGCAAGAACUGAUUGGUACAGCUAAAUCUUUUGGAGGCAACCAAGCUGCUGUUUGCAGAAGGAAAGUAGAAUUGUCAAAUGAAUGUUCUUCAUCCAGACCUCCACAGUUAGGAUUUUCUGAUGUUCCCAUAUCAACAAAGACAAUCACCAUACCCAGGCAUCAGACUUCCCCAGAACUGAAUAAAACUUGGUGUGAUAGUAUCUUGGAAGAAUACCAGUCUGCAGAUGAGGAAUGCUCCUGGAGCAAUGUAACUCUUGCAGACUUGUAUCCAGGGAUGUUAGAGUUACUUGCAAGGCUCAUGACAAAGCAGACUUGGAGAAAAGAGUCAAAAUACAUGUUUGGACAAUUAAGGCACAGAAGACACCCUUCUGGAAGACCAAAGCUCAAUGUCACCUUAGUCAAAAUAAGAGGGUUCAGACCUCCUAAACUGAAGCGAGCACAGCCUAGCAUAUGCAGCAGUAGACAUGAAGACAUCCAGAAUCAAACUUUUGGAAAUGAGAAUAGAGAACUUCGUGAUGACAAGAGGUCCAUUAAUAAUUUGUCUGGUGUGGUACCUUAUUCUUACAUUGAUACAAAUGAAAUCAAAAUGGACUGCUUUGACUCAAGUUUAGUUCCUAGAAAAGGCCCAAAAGUCUUCAAACGGACUGUUUUUCCUGAUGUUAUAACUACAAUGGGAGAGACGUUUCUAGUUGAAGAUGAGUUACAGACUACUGUCUCAAUUAAUCCAAAAUGCAAAGAAAGUGAAAAAUGUGCUUACCAGUGUCCUUCAGAAUACUGUUUUGUAACGUCUGCUGCCAGUUCAGGGUCAACAGGUCUUCAUCCGGUAAAAGAGAGUAAAACUCAAAAAAAUUACUUUUCUUGUGGUGAUACCUCAGAGUUGUAUUCAUCUACUUGCAGUUCCUAUGGCAAUAGUCAUGCUUUUACACCUGUUGCAAACUGUUCUCUUGCAAGAGCAUCAAAUACUUUACUCAUAAAUCCUGAAAAAAUAACUUCUGGAAGACAAAUUGCUUUCGAGCACAAGCACUUAUUUUCCUUGUUGUCUACAAAGCAGAGUCCUUCAAAGAUGCCCCAGAAAUACAAUGAUGCAUUUGAAAAGCUCUCCUACAAGCUGUGUCCCCAAGAAAUCCAAAAGCCUUUGACAUUGACAAGAUCUCUUGCAAAUUCACAGAACCUUGAAGAUAAAGGAAGAUUAGUGAAGAGUAAUUUAAGUCAUUCUGUGAGGUCCCAUACACCGUGUGAUAGAGAAUUUGACAGGAUCUAUGAGCAAUUGUGUAGUGGGGGUGUUCCAAAACUUCCUGGGUUUCAGAGAGCUUCAAAUUUGAAGAAGUAUGAAGGAGUACAGAUGUCUGAAACAGUAAAUGCUCUGGUUAACUCGCCUGUUCAAACUUUAUCUGUAUCUCCCAGAGUUAAAAGACUGGGGAAUUUCCAAAACGAUCCUCUUUGUUCACCAGUAAAGCGACUGAGAGGUAUACCGGAACGUUAUCUAUCUUCAACAAAAUGUGAACAGAUUGCUCACAGAAGAAACGCUGAACUUCAGACCGACGGCAUGAGGUUUUUGAACCCAUACAUUGUCAGUAACCCCAGCAUUUUUGACAGUCACAACUGCCAGAGUGAGGGCUCUGGAUUUCAUGCUGCGUCAGAUAAAACUUUUCUUGGUGUUCCUGGUACUUCCUUGCAAGAAUCUGGGAUUGCAGGUACCAACUCUGGUUGGCCUAGUGCAGUGAAGAAUUACAGCAGUCCCAGAAAUGCACAGUACUGUCGCAAAAGGGUAUCCAGAAAAUUAAGCUACGCUGUGGGUAAAGAUGACAAAUCCCAGCAAUCGCUUGGGUGACUUCCUGGUUGAAACCCACCAAGGAGCAUUCAUGGACUGCUACAGAAAAAACUUUGCUUUAUAAAGUUUGGGUUUGUUUUGUUUUUUCUUUCUUCUUCCAAGAAUCAGGGAUGUAUUUUAUGUAUGUGUCAUGCAGUUAGUCCUGUUUUAUGCUUACCUGUAAUGUAAGUCUUCAGGACUGGUUCAUCCCUUCUGACAGGGCGCUUAGUCCUUUGGCUUCAUCAGGUAUUGCAGGGAAUCAGGGUUCUGUUCUAUGGCAAAGUUUAAAUUUUGUAGUUAGUAGUGUUUGUUCUAACAGUGUGAUCAGUAUUUUCUUGUUAACUGCUAAUAAGCUUUGAUUCUUAACAUAUUAGUCUUAAGAUGAGAAUCAAGCUCUUUUUGCUGGAUUCCUGCCUGUUUGUGCUUUAUAAGGGUAUUGACACUACAUGAAAAAUUCUAAACUGGGAUGGAUGAUUGAAAUGCAGUAUUAGGCGCUAUGACUUGUUAUAUGCCUGCUAUGUUAAAUUUUCUACAUAGCUCACAGAGUAGAUUGUUCAAUAAAACUUUAUAUGUUUGAGUGAAUUUGACAGUUAUAUUCUGUGUUCUGACAAAAUAUAUGUUCUAAAUAAAAACCCGUUCUCAACAA